UAAAAGUAUUCAGAGUCUUUUUAAAGUCGUGUAGUGUUUGGACAGCGUAAGGUCGGAUUAAGUAGGCAGUGUUGGUGCUCAGGGCGGAUAUUUUGACGGUGUUUUUGUUGUUAAUCCGCUCGGUUUGGUUUGGGGAAGUGAACUAGCUAAGGUGAAUUGGUGUUUUUAACCGAGGGGAAGCAGCAGCUGCUCCUCCCACGCGCCUCCUCUGCUGCUUUAACGCGCGGGUUGUUGGUAGAAGUUCCUUGGAAAAUGAUCCGCAGGCUGGAACUGGGGGAAAGGCAGGACGGGAAAAGUGCUUGCUCAUCCUUUAUCAGCAAAAGCCCGUGAGUCAGCAGCGCGCGCUCUUGCGCCACACACACACACAUGCGCGCGCGCUCGCUCGCUCGCUCCUUCACUUACUCACGCACCGCCGCGAUGACCUGGCUGGGCUGAGCUCUCUUCACGCGCUCGAGAUAAGGAGUUCUCACGGAUGUAGUUCACCAUGUCGCUGGAGAGCCGCAGGACCUCAGUGUUUACGUUCCAGUCGUCGGUGCACAGUUCGCAUGUCCUGCGCUGUCUGGACGAGCAGAGGCAAAAGGACCUCCUGUGCGAUGUGACGGUAGUGGUGGAGAAUAGGAGCUUCAGGGCCCAUCGCUCCGUUCUUGCUUCCUGUAGCGACUACUUCAGUGCUCGCAUGUCCAGCCACACAGCCCAGGGUCUGGUCAUCAAUCUUCCGGAUGAGGUAACCGUAGAAGGAUUUGAGCCAUUGCUGCAAUUUGCAUACACCUCCAAACUGCUCUUUACCAAAGAAAAUGUGCUGGAGAUCCGAAACUGUGCAACAGUUCUGGGCUUUAAGAACCUGGACAACGCCUGCUUUGAUUUCCUCCUGCCCAAGUUCUUUGAAAGCAGCAAAAAUUCUUCCAAAGUCCCCAGAAAGCAGUGCUGUAAGACCAAAUGCUGGAGAUCAAAAGUUGAAUCAGCCAUUAAGGACAAUGGCCCUGUUGAUUCUGAAGACUCGUCAUCGUUGCCUUCGCAAACCGCAUCAAAGAAAAAGGAGCUGUCCAGCCCCUCCAAGCUUGGUGAAAAUGCUGAACGUCACUCGGAAGCACGCUCUGAGGCAGAGCCAGAGAUGGAAGCGGAGUCGCCGCAGGACUAUUCCCGCCGGUGUCCCAAAUACCGCAAGUUUCAACUGGCUUGUGGGAAGAACCUGCCCUGCAUGGGCCCAGGGGCUAACAUCACCAACAGUGCCUGCCCCCUAAGCUGCAUGCCUUUCACCAGCUCUAGAGACUGCGAGGAUAUAGUUCCUAGCAAAGUUUCUCCAAAAUACACUGAGGAGGAUGAUACUGUGAUGCCCUUUUACUGUCCACUUGCUCAGCAGUCACCAACUGAGGCACCCAUGAGUCUUUUUUCAGAUGAGGCAUCAGUUCAAACCUGCAAAGAGGCAACAGAGGCCAUCUGCUCGUCGACUGCCCAAUCUGUAGGGGAAGCAGGAGAAAGACCUGCUGGCAGACCGAUGGAUAAAGAGACCAUAAUGUCAGACUGUUGCGGUGGAUCUGACUGUUCAAUCCCGAGAGCUGACCUCAGAGCAGACCAAAGAAGCAGUGUGGAGAUAGAGGUGGCAAACCAACUCACCUCCUGGCCCGAUAUGUGCAGCCCCAUGUCAUUGGCGUCUGCCCCAGGUGCAGCUAGAAAACCCUCAGAGCUACCCUGCUGGAGGCAGCUAGAGCUGGAGCUGGGGCAGAUGCCAAGGGACUGCCCCUUCCUCAGGGACCUUGGUGCAGUGGAAGCUCAGGUACGAGGCAGCGAGAGGGCUUCCCACUCAACCGGGAGCCCCUACGUCUCUUCUAUGAAUUCUGGAGAGGACUCGGAUAGCUUUGAUACGGAGGGGGACAGCGAGUCCUACACCAGCGAACGUGCAAGUCAGAUGCAGCUGCCAUUCUCUGUGGAGCGCAUCGCAGCUUUGAGUCGCAAUGACUUCCAGCAGAUGCUGAAGACGUACUCUCUAUCACGUGAGCAGCUUGAGUUUGUGCAUGAUGUACGGAGGCGCAGCAAGAACCGUAUCGCCGCUCGGCGCUGCCGGAAGAGGAAACUAGACUGCAUUUACAACCUGGAGUGUGAGAUCGAAAGACUGCGAUGCGAGAAGGAGAAGCUGACAGCCGAGAAGAAGAAGCUGGACCAGCUGAAGCUGAAGACGUGGCAGAGUUACUCCGGCCUGUACGAAAGGUUGUGCGCUGAGGCUGACCUCCGGCCAGAGCAGGUACAGGUGUUUGCCAAGUACCCGCCGCUGGCAGACUGCCCGUUCACGACCCAUGUGUCCAAAGCGUGCUUCUACCACUGCCCUGUGUCUGAACUCCAGACACUGGCACCAGGCCUGGACUCUGACGAUAAUGUUAGCUGUGAGCCCAGGCCUUCGACAAGCUCUGCUCUGGAGGCCCUUGCUGGCGGGGCCAAAGCCAAUACGCAGAGCCCCUCAGGGCUCCUGGCAGCACUGCCUGACCCCCAUCCUGCUGACUCUCCUCACGCAGACGAGAGUGCAAUGACUUCCAUCCCACAAAUCUGCUCAGACCACAUCAGCAAACUUGAAACCGACCAAUAAAAGGUGCUUCCUGUUUUCUAUGAUCUGUAAAUCAUGAACUGUAUUUGAAAUAGAGACCACAUAAAAUAUACUUUAUUUUGUUUACUGUAAGACGAAAACCUUUACUUAUAACUGUGCAAUCAGUGAUUGGUUAUCAUAUAUGUUUUGUCAACUUUAAUGUUUAAUGGUUGUAUAUACUUGAUUUAUAUAUAUAUAUGUAUACAUUUGAUUACUUCUGUUAUAUGAACUAUUCACUGAAACGAAGGAUCAUUUUUGUUCCUAGUCUUAAAGGUAAAAUCCUGUGUGAAAUGGACCUGGAGUGUAGCGAAACAUGAUAACGAGUACAAACUAUGGUUAAAUAGCCCAUUUAACCAAAUAGCCCAAAAAAAAAAAAAAAAUUGAAUACUCUAAAUUGAUCUGGUGUUUGUUAGUGUGUGGUAUGUAUGUAAGUUUGUGUGUGUGUAAAUGUAUGCAUGACUGUGCCCAGAUAUGGAUUGGCACUCUGUUCUGGGUAAAUGCUGUAGUGCCCGAUGCAGUCCUCCAGGUGGACGGUCGUUUCCGGUUGAGAGUACGCUGUGCGCUAUUGGUUGCCGCUUCUCACCGGUGUGUGGAUGUAAUGUGCUUGUGUGUAAAAAUGUGUAAAUUGUAAAAAGCGUCCUUGGGUUUCUAGAAAGGCGCUAUAUAAGUUGAACUUCAUUCAUUCAUUCCCUUUGCCCCCAGCAUUCCAAAAUACAUAAAAACAAAAUAAAACUUUCAGUCGAUGCUCCCAACAGCUUUACAAUGAUUCAUUAGUAGAAUUCUGAGGGCCCUGACAUUUAAAACAAGAACUUUGAAAGUGCACAGGUAGUUUACUAAAAAUAUUUCCAGUCCAAAACUAAUGCAAGUGUUUAAGGGACCAUGUUAGAUGUAGUUUGGUUUGUGCUCGUCGGUCACAUUAUUGUGACUUAUUUUCAAGAUGGCAAAAUUCUACCAAUGAAGUGUGGAGCUACUUUGAGCUUGUUAGUGGUGUAAAAAUAGUGAUUUCUGUACAUGGCAUCAGCUAAAAGCUCUGUAUUUCGUAAUGCUGUGGGAGAAUGGAGGUAAGCUAUUCAACUAAAAAAAGUUGUACUCUUUAUCAUGUUUCACUCCACCCCUAGUCAAUUUCACACCAGAGUUCUUCUUUAAUGCGGGAUUAUUUAAAUUAUAAUUACUGUAUGUUCUUGCUGAUCUCUUCGCGAUUUGUACACAGUUUUUGAUAUCUUGUAUCACCAUUCGAAUCUUGCAGAUACCUUCAGAAGAAGAAACUAUUAUAUACACUUUUAUAGAGGCUCUAUAGUAUGUCUGUAUGUACUAAGAGGCAAUCCAAAUGACAAGCCCAUGUAGGGUCUGUAUAGGUAGCCUAACUGAGAACCAUAAAGCUUUGUCCAUGGGUUUCCUUUUGGCUCCACAUAUGGAUGCCCACCAGGGUCAGUUUUGGGACCAUAAUGGGCUGAACAUUGGGAUGUUCACUGUUCACUGCACACUGCAUUGGGUCCCAGUAACAACACUUGUUGUACCCAUGUGAGCCCCAUGGUAAGUAACAGUUUGAGGCAUUUGAAGAAAAUGGAGUUGGCUGUACACCAGGGGUGUCCAAACUUUUUUUGUUGGGGGCCAGAAGGAGAAAUAUAUUUGAAGUCACGGGCCACAGACUCUGUAAUAAAACAAAUAAUGAAAUAUACCACUAGAAAUGUGCACUCUUUCCGCUUUUAGACUCUUUGGCCCGUUUUUCUGCGCUAGAAAUGUGCACUCUCUCCGCUUUUAGACUCUUUUGCCCCGUUUUUCUGCACUAAAAAUGCACACUCUCUCCGCUUUUAGACUCUUUGGCCCGAUUUUCUGCUCUUAAACUGCGCACUCUCUCCGCUUUUAGGCCCGUUUCUGACACCUAGCGUUCAAUCUUUGAAUCUCACAUUAUAAAACUUUCAUUAUAUUUCUAAAAUACCUCGCGGGCCGCUCCAAAAAAGGAAAUGGGCCGCAAAUGGCCCGCGGGCCGUAGUUUGGACACCCCUGCUGUACAUGAUCUGGGGGUUAAUUUAUAAUGUACAGUGUUAAUGUACAUAAAAUGUUUGGUCUAUCUGUAUGUUCUGGUUAAAGGCCCUUUCACAUCAAGUAUUUUUUUUUUUUUUCAAGUAGAUUUUUUUUUUUUUUCCCCCUCUACUCAUUAUGGGGAGUUGUAGUUCAUGGUUCUUUGUGAACAUGAUCAGACUAAGAUGCACAUAGACAAACACUCUAAAAGAGAUCUGAUUGGUCAGAUUAAUUUUAAUUCAUCCAUACAAUGUAAAAAAAAAUGAGCACACACUAUGUUUUUUUUUCUCCUAAAAUUAUGCAGCAGUGCACAGACCCAACUUUUACAUCAACAAUAAAUAGAAUACAAAAUAAAAUAAUAGUGCUGUUACUGUAAAUGACCUGUUUGCGCACCUUCAUCGCUUGAACAUGCAUGUCAGAGAAGCGCAGAAGUUGGGUUUUUUGAAUAGCAAUCCACCAAAGUCAGAGCACAACUGUCUCUUAAAGGGAAUGGCCAGUUAUACGUUGAUUGGUUUAGUUCACGUUAUGCCCAAAACACACCCAAGAUUAAUUAAGAGAAUUAGUCCAUGCCUUUUGUGUGUUCUGAGCUGCACAGGGAUUACUUGCUCUCUCACAAUACCAAACACACACAGAUAUGACCUAAAUUAAGCUGUGAGGUGCAUGGUCGAUACUUAAAUACAGCCCUUGGUGUGAAAGACAAGAUUAAUAUAAUAGUUUUCAGAACUUGAUGUGUUUUUUUUUUAUCUGUAUAAAUCAGACUUGGUGUGAAAGGGCCUUAAAUCUCAACUAUAACUGCUGUUAAUCCAGCCAAAUAAUAAACACAUAUGUGUAUGUAAAACCAAAUUGUAUAAUCACAGACUGGCCAUUACAGCAGAAAAUGUUUUAUUAUUUUGUAAGCAAACCCUGAUCUUGUAUACAAUGAUUAUCUGCUUAAUGGUUUGAUCAUUCUCUCAUCUUAAUGCAAUGGUAUUUUCAAGCUUGGGCCCAAAUUAGUUCAUUUGUCUUACAAGCCAGAGAGGCACAAUGAUUAAGUGGUUUGAUUAAUACUGCAAAUUCAAAGUAGGCAUGAAUGUAUUCCUCAUUAAAUACUGCAUUCAUUUAAAUAUCUUUGAUUAUUCUAAUACAUGCAAAGAAUCAUAAAACAUGCAUAGGAAUAUUUUCACAUUAAAAGAAAUAUCAACACAGA